AGCCUUAAACCCUUGUCUAGUCCGAGAGAGCUCUUCUUAAACCCUUGUUACUUCCCACUUUCUAAUACGACCUUCCUCUACUUCCGCUUGCGCAUAUAUAUUGGUAACAUCUUUGUUGCUGUGUGGAGACUGGCGAGUGGAGGUCAUGCAUUUUGCUACAUCAAAUGACAAGUGUUGUAGCAAAAUUAAGAAGAUAGUUGUUUCUCUUUCUCAAUUUCCUAGGUACAACAGCAGUAGUGCUGAACUUUCUUCGAGAUUUUCUUCGUGCGACUCUCAUGAAAUAUAUAAAUCCGCUAGUCUUCAGCAUUGGUACAAGAAUUGGAAUGAAUUGAGAAAGAAUAAACUUACAGCUAGUACUUUUGGUCAAGCUGUUGGUUUUUGGCCUAAGCGUAGAGUCCAACUCUGGUUGGAGAAAAUUGGGGCGGUUCAACCCUUCUGGGGUAAUGAUGCCACGGCUUGGACUAACAUCAAGGAACAGGAGGCUCUUGUAAGAUAUAAGCUAAUUACUGGAAAUCCUAUCUCUUUUACUAAUUUUAACGUCUAUCGGGAAAUGAUCAAGGGGGUUGACUGGCUUGGAGCUUCCCCAGAUGGUGUGGUUGACAAGUUUGUUUAUCAUUUACCAUCCAGAGGGGUUUUGGAGAUCAAGUGCCCGUACUUCAACGGUGAUAUGACUAAGGCGACUCCUUGGAAAAGAAUUCCCAUUUAUUAUGUUCCACAAGCUCAGGGUUUAAUGGAAAUAUUGGAUCGAGACUGGAUGGACUAUUAUGUUUGGACUACCAAAGGAAGCAGUUUGUUUAGGAUGCAUCGUGAUGAAGAAUAUUGGCAACUCUUGAAGAUUGCACUUUCUGACUUCUGGUGGAACCAUGUCCAUUUCAAAGGUCCUAUUAGGGGACGCCAUGACGGGGUUCGUCAUCAUCCCUACAGCCGCCCCAUCCAGUCAUCACUUCAGGCUUUAGCAGGUGGUUCUUCAGGUUAUAGCGGGCAUAAUUCUGAGCAGACUUCCCGAGAGGUUGAAAGCCCUUGGUUCUUUAUUUUGACAAGGACAGGUCACAGGGGUCUUCAAAGGGAAGAAAAUCCUAACGGUUGUCCAACGAGUCCAUCAUUGAACAAGGAUGUUAUGGAGAAUCAACAGCGAAUUUAG